AACUUAAAACUUCAUUUAAGACUAAUUUAAUUUUAAUAAAAUUUAGGUGUACAAUAUACUAAAUAGAUCAAUAAUGUAUUUUUAUUUUUUACUUUAUUUGUUCAGGAUGGUUAAUUUAGCAAAUAUUAACAAUGAGCACAUAGAUGGGAUACUGGAAGAGUUUGAAGUUAACAUUUUGCAAUUUUUAGAUGAAGACAGUUUUAUUUCUCCUACUAUUUUUAUAGAAGCAUUACAUAGACACGGUUAUAACAUUAAUAGAUUUCAAGCGCUAUUUGAUCCCAUAAGUAUUGAUGUGGACGCGAAGUUUCUAAUUGAUGAUCUCUUACAUUUAGCUGAUUUUUUACAACAAAAUCAAGAAGUAAUACUCGAACAAAUGUUUGCGAAUCAAGACGUAAACAGUUCUAAUAUAAUUGAUAAAGUUGUUGCAGAACUCUUAGUAAGGGAAAAUCAAGAUAUCGAAAAUUCAGUAUUCGGAAUUUUAAUGAUGUCAUUUGGUGUCAAGGAAGAUACUACCUCAUUUAAUUAUAGAAAUUUUAUUACAUAUAUAACUGACCCACAAAAUUCGCAACAUUUACGAGUGCAAGUAGUUUAGAAGUCUUCGUUGUUUUAUCAUUAUUUUACUAAAAUAAUUUGGUAAAAAUUGCCGAAAUAGAUUUUAAAAACUGAAUAUUAAACUAAUAAAUCAUAAAUUACAGAA